AUGGAGGCUGCAAGACUUGCACGCCAAAGAAGGCGUAUGAUCAAGUACAAGAAAAGGAUGGCGAAGAUGCAUUCCACAAACAUAGUGUCAUCAAAGAAAUUUGGAGGUGGAAGCCAUAGGAGUAAAAAGCAUAAAGACAUAGCAAUGAUCCAUGAUACAAAUAGUUGUAAGCAAGCAAGACUUAACAGGCGAAUGGUACUCAACCUUAACCGUACUCGAGAAAGUAGCUCAAAUGCUCAAUGUUUGCGGCGAUCAACCCCUUCAGUUAUAAAUGUUUUUUCUCACUCGGUUGUUGGGCUUAAUGGUGAUUUUACUACUACAACUACUGUGGAAGAAUUUGGGAUACAUCUGCCUAUGAAUGCCGGUGCGUUGGAUAAGCAUCUGCCUACAACUAAGUUUACAGGUAGUACUAAUGUAAAUGACUCUGCUGUUUUUGUUAUUUUUGUUGCCGGAAGAAUAGGCUUUGCAAAAUCUGGAGCUAGGAGUUUAGCCUUUGUAGAUGAUAACAGUUUUGAGUAUGAUGAUAUUAUUGUAUAUAAGGGCCAAUUCUAUGUGAUUGAUACAUUGGGAAAUGUUUCGUGGAUCGAUCAUUCGUCAUUGAAGUUGGUUCCAUUUUUGCCUCUGCUAUGUGGGUUGGGUAGCCAGAAGCACUUGGUGGAGUCAUGUGGAACUCUCUAUGUUGUUGAUAGAUACUUUAAUAAAGAAAGGAGGAGGGUAGAACAUACCGACCAGUAUGUUAGAGACUGUGAUGGUCCCAAAGUGUUUGAUUUCAAAGUGUAUAAGCUGGAUGAAGAAUGGGGUCGAUGGGAGUUGGAAAAAAGCUUGGGUGAUCGAGCUUUAGUUUUGGGUAAUGAUUGUUGUUUAUCGAUUUUGGCUGAAGAGUUUACUGGGUAUAAAAGGAAUUGCAUUUUCUUCAAUUAUCAAAAUGAAACUCAUGUUUUCAACUUGGAAGAUAGAAGCUUUGGAGAUUUACAGAAUAUCCAUCCAUCAUGGCUUCUCUCAAAUUUGCUUUAGGCCUAUGUAAGAUAGUACACUUCCAAUAACUUUCUUUUUGGGGACCUGAAUUUGGAGCAAAGAAAUAGAAAGAGAAUGUGUAAUGCAAUUGUUAGAGAGAAAAGGUGGUCUGGAAUCCAUGGGAUAAGAAAUCAAAAUCAAUGGUAGAUUUUGGUGAUGAGGAGUACAAACAGAUGCUUUGUGUUGAUGGAGCAGCAAUUGAGAAACCUAUCACUUUGAAGCCAGAGGAGGAAUGGACAGGGCGAUUGCAGCUCUCAGUUGUGCCUUCAAGUUUCUGCAGCGAGUACCUCAAUCUUUAGGAGAGGUCCUUUGAGGAAUGCUACAAAAUUUCAAGAGCACAAUGUGGUUCUUUUGUUCUUUUUCUGUCCUUAUAGGAACCUUAGUUAAUCUUAUGUAAUAGCUCUCAACUCUUUUUUGAUAAAAUAAUAGCUCUCAAGUUGUAGAAAUUGUGCAAUGAUACUUAAGAUGUACUUAGUACUUUGUAAUACCUCAGACUAUAGAGGAUAGAGGAUUGUGGGAGAGCCGCAUUUUUAAUUGAAUGGCUGCCUCAGGAAAGUGGGUACCAAACCAAUUAUUCCUUCUAUAAUAUCAGUAUCUUAUUCCUUUCGCUUUUA